GAUAAUCUCUUCGGCGCGAAUCUCGACGAUGCGUAGACGGUCCCGAAUCCAGAUCGUCCUGGUCGACGCAAAGGCAGGGCAGGCCAGCACGCCGUUCUUCUAUAAAAGCCCCUCUGGUUGUCCGAAUUCCUUCCGCCCAACUCUCGUGCCCAACCGUCUCCUCUUCCCUCCUCCUCUCCUCGAGCCGGUGCCCGCCGCCGUCCCCGCCUCCGGCGAGCUCGCCUGCGCGAAGAUGACUACUUCAAGGCGCCUUGCUGACAGGAAGACUGCAAAGUUCCAGAAGAACAUCACCAGGAGGGGGUCGGUGCCUGAAACUACUGUGAAGAAGGGGAAUGACUACCCUGUUGGACCUUUAGUGCUCGGGUUCUUCAUCUUUGUUGUCAUUGGAUCAUCGUUGUUUCAGAUAAUCAGGACAGCAACCAGCGGCGGGAUGGCGUAAGAACCUGAACUGAUCUUGAUCUAAUCCCAGAGACGAGAGAUCUGUUUGUUUGUUAUACACGCAUCCAAUCCAGAAGUGGGUAGAUGUUAAAAAGUCCAAUGUUGUCAUACUGUUGCCGUGUAUCCGUUUUUUCUCCCUCAUGAGUGUUUUGAGUCUAAAACCAGCGUCUGAAGAACUGUAAAGGAAACUCGUAUAUCUUGACAUGUUAAAUGGAUAGUAUAAUGUGGUUCA